AUGGAGAUUGAAGAAAGAUGCUCCGUUGCACGCUCACCCCUGGUGCUUAAUGUCGGCGGAGUGCUAUUUACCACCACAGCUUCGACAUUAGAGAAGGCGCCUUUUUUCGAGGCGAUGCUUCGACACAAUGAGACAGGGCAGACUCUUUUUGGCCGCUCUGUGGAUCAAAAUGGGCGUCUUUUCGUCGAUCGUUCUGGCUUCUUGUUUGAAUAUGUCUUGGAGUAUCUUCGCACUGGGUAUUGGCUGUUGGGCGAUCGGGGUCGGAAUCGAACCUUCUUGGAUGCCCUCCGAGCAGAAGCGCUUUUCUAUGGCCUCGAUGGCCCUGUCCCCGAGAUCUUUACCGCAGAGGUCUCGGAGUACUUUUCCAUUUGGAGUGCAGAUGAUGGCCAUGAGAUUAUUUUCUUGAUUUCCUUAGAGGACGAUAUCAAUGACCCUUCGGCUUUCCAAGCUUCAUUUGUGCCUGAGAGCAUUUCUGGAUGUUCUGGACAUGCUGGAGAGCAUUGCUCACAAAAUCCGGAGAAAAGGUCGAAUGACCAGAAUGCCCACUUGGCACACAAGUAUCCUGUGCAAGUCAAGCUUCCUGGAGGUUGUGUCAAGACGCUGUAUGCGGAGGCAGUGGAUGGUAUGUCAGCUGCAGACAUUGCCAGGAAAUUUAUUGACCAGAACUGUUUGAAGCCGGGCUUUGUGAAGCCAUUGGAGUGGGUGGUGGGUGCAAUCUGGGAGAAUGCCAGGUCCAAGUACUACCCAGCCCACACACGGGAGAUCUACAUUUGUGCACGCAGACAAUUUCAAUGCACUCAACUUGGUCUGACAUUCAAUAGAGAGAAGUGGAUAGACUGGUAG